AUGGAAGGGGGCUUCACUGGAAAAGAGGCUUACAGGCAGCAUUUUGAUCCAAAGGGCUAUUUCGAUAUCUACAUAUCUUGUGAGUCUGUCAACUCUUCCGUUUGCGAUCCAAUGUGUGCGGUCCUCCAGGAAAAGCUCCACAAGACCUUCUUUGUGGACGGCAUCCAAGGAGACACCCUGAUUGACAUCGGCAGCGGUCCCUCCAUCUACCAACUGCUCUCUGCAUGUGAGUCCUUCAGGGAGAUCAUCACCACUGAUUUACUCGAGCAGAACCAGGCGGAGAUACAGAAGUGGCUGAAGAAGGACCCGGAAGCCCUCGACUGGACCCCCAUGGUGAAAUACGUCUGCCAGCUGGAGGGGGACAGGGAGAAGUGGAAGGAAAAGGAGGAGAAACUCAGGAGGACCAUCAAGCAAGUCCUGCCAUGCGACGUGACCCUGGCCAAUCCCUUGGAUCCUUUGGUGCUCCCGCCAGUCGACUGCGUCAUCUCCACUUUCUGCCUGGAAUCGGCUUGCAAUGAUCUUCCUGCUUACUGUUCAGCUGUGAAGAAUGUGGGCUCCUUGGUCAAACCUGGGGGCCACCUCAUCUUUGCAACAAUUAUAGAGGAAACCUACUACAUAGUUGGCCCACAUAAGUUCUGUUGCCUUUACCUGACGCCAGAAAUGGUCAGAGAUGCUGUGAAAGGGGCCGGCUUUGAAGUCCUGUGGUCUCAGGGCCUUGGGUUGACCUCUCUCUUGUCGGUGUGUGAUGCCAAAGACACACUUUUCCUAGUAGCCAAGAAACCUAGCGAAUCCCAGUGA